GAGAAUCUUGCCUUGAAAGGCCAGAACGUCUGGCCUACCCAAACAGCUCCCCCGCGUGACAGAGCACAACCAUCUGGUAUGAGCGGAGGAAGCCUAAUGGAGGUCCCAGGACCAGGUUACAUCUGUAAACGAUGCAAUCAAGGAGGCAAGACUCACGAUUCGGGAACAUUGACAUAGCUAACAACCUUGUUCUAGGCCAUUAUAUCUGGCACUGUCCCACGAAUAUGGAUCCUUCCUAUGAUAGACUGCCUGAUCACGAUUAUGUGUGUGGCUUCUGCGGGCAGAUGGGCCAUCAUUUGGCGACCUUGUGCCCUAGGAACGACCAGCCGUGGUCUUUGACUCAUCAGCGAAAGGACGUUGGUAUCCAGAUGAAGUCCAUGUCAGAUCAGUGGAAAGCUUCGCCCCAGCGAGCCGGCCGUCUUCCUGCCAACUACGACACGUAUCGUCCGGAUGACUUUAGCUCUCCUCGACAUCGAUCUGACAUGGCAGACGGGCAACUCCGGGACCGCCGAGAUAGUCAAACUACGUUCACGCUGCCGCUGCGCGAUAGGACGAACUCACCACUUCGCGCCAAACGGGCAAGGGAGAACUCCCCGAAACCUCCCUAUCGAUCAUUGCCUCUUCGAACCAGACUGGGUUACACCCCAGAGGCUGUUCGACAGCAUACUGACCGUUACCGCCCUAACCUGUCUCGAAACAAACCAUUCAAGGCAGGAGGCUCUGGGCCUACAAUCUUCAAGGAAAACAAGACGGAAGGCAGAUUGUCUUAUCAUGAUGAGGAUGUAUUCAUGAGCACAGGCUCGCCGUUGGCCACCCCCAGCAAUGCCACCUCGAACCCACGUUCUUCUGACAGAAGCAACCAUGCUGAGAGCCUCAAGGGGACGCCUACGCGUUUGAAUGAGAAGUCGGGAAUCAAGAUGUCCUCAACUACGGGUUUGAAUGAGGCAUUUGGGUCCAAGAUCAACGAGCCCAUUGGGGCUGUGGCCGACGAAUUUCUCUCUUUGCUUGGCAUCCAGUUUCAGAAUGACGAGAACAAUGACGAAGUUGCCUCCACGCCAGAGUCGGACGUGUUGAUACAGGAUGUGGCCAGCGAGCCACAUACAGAAAAUGAUGCCGAUGGCGUAUCAAUUUCUGAAUCAACUUUGCAACACGGCCCCGAUGGCAAGCCUUGCCGGUUAGUCACCAAGCCUAAUUUUCGUGAUGAAGUGGUCCGGCUCUUCCAACGCCACCCGAACCCUAUCGUUACAGAACUCAAGAGACCCCGUGCUGUCGAUGUUUGGGAGGAAGCUGAGAAGAGUGUUUGGUCCUCAACCUCGGGACCGACGGGCAGAUCUAUGCCCAGGAGCCCUACUGUCCUGCAAACCAAUUGGCGAGGUUCUUCAUUUGUUUCUUCAGACUAGAUGGGCAAGCCUGAUGUAUCAAGUUGCACUCCAUCUGUUUGGCACGGGUUUCAAUUUGCUCGCGUCCCAAGUUAAGGGACU